AUGGCGCAGAGUAAUGGGGUUGGGGAGAUAAAUUCGGCGAGGAAUACACCUACAGGUGCUUCAGGUGCUUCAGGAAUGACAGAUCCCCCUGGAAUAUCAAAUUAUCCGGACGCCAGAAAAUGGAAUACAGAUAUUCCAAAGUAUCUACCUCAUGAGAAGGUUUUUCCAAUUCAGAUUGGGACGGAACUAUUUCGGUUGAGUGGUGCUAGUUUGAGUUCUGAUGCAGAAGAAAAUGGCGAUGAUCCAAAUACAGCUGUUAGGACCCUUUAUAUUGAUCGGGAUCCAAUUACUUUUAAGGAUAUAUCACUUCAUUUGCAGGGAUAUCAUGUUGCGCCGCGAGAUGCAAGUCAUUUCGUGAAGUUAUUCGCUGAUGCUCAAUUCUAUUCAUUGCCUCGAUUGAUUUCUCAGCUAUAUGAAGAAAGUAUCUUCAUCACAGUUGGCAAUCAGGAAUUUCAAAUCCCCCGCCAGCUCUUUUCCGAUCCGGGCAACAGUCCCAACUAUUUCUCCCUAGGCUUCGCUGUCUUCUUCAGCAGCCCCACCGAGGUAUUCCCCGGCCUAAAUAGAGAAGGACUCCUUCGACCUCCAUCUAUUCUCCCCCCAUCAGUACCUAACCGCUCCGCCAAAACCUUUUCCGAAAUCCUCCAUCUUCUUCGUGGCUACCCACUCGAAAUUCGCAGUCCAGAACAUCGUGCGGAACUCUUACGAGAUUGCCGAUAUUUCCAUCUCAAAGGUCUUGAGCAAAAGUUAAUUCCUCAUUCUAUCUCUCAUAACCUCCUACGCAAUAAAUCUGAAAUCACAAUUCGUCUUCCUGAUAUCAGACAAUCCGGCCUCUCCAUCCUAACUGACAUCCCCACUUCCACAUCCCCUGUCCCUUCCCUCGAACCCCUUACCUCUCCAGAUUCUAUCCCAGCCUCAAUCCCAACAUCCUCCACAGGCUACGUCCACUACUUACGGCCCUUUACCGAUUCUUCGCCGCAUGAACUCAUCCUCGAAAUAGGUGAUUCGGCUACCCUACUCCACUGGAACACCAUGCGCUUGGAAUUCUUCGGAGAAACGAAAAUGCGCAUGGGGAAACUCCUGGAGGUAGUGGCUACGAAAUUAAACCUGCCGGUGGCACAACCGCUGGGGCUGUUGAUGAGGAACGGAGGGGCGAGUAGUGAGCCGGCUAGUCCUGGGAGGAGUGGGUUGAGUGAGGAUAUGGUUAGGGUGGUUAUUGGGGAGGAAUGUGCGGUUUGCGUUGAUGGGAGGGAGAGGGAGAGAGAAAGGAAUGUUGGGGCUAUUGACUCGGAUGAUACUGUCAUUGUGGGUGAGCAAGGGGGUUUGGGUGGUAAGAGGAGGAAAGUAGGUGAUGGAAUCGCGGUGGCAAUAAAUACAAGUACCGGUGCACCAAAAGACGAAAGCUGGAUCAUUAAGACGGGACAGUGGAGAUUGAGGGUUCAGAAUCACGGGGGUGGGGGGUUGGGAAAGGGAAAGGGAGCGGGAGCGGGAACGGGAAUGGGAAUGGGGGCAAAGGUAAAUGGAAAGGUGGAGUGGGAAUGUGUGUUGGUGGCUGUAAGGUUAGAUGCUGUUAGUGGGGAAAGAGGGAGGAAUUUGCAGAGGGGGUUUUUGGGGGAUUAA